UGCUCAGAGAGGCCCUGACGAUGUUAUCGUGCUUGUCGCUGUCGCAGGAGGACGAUAAAGUGAGGUAGAGGCCAAGUUAUAGCUUUGAGGUGCUGAUUAUCACAACUUGCCGGAAGCUUUUUAACAAGUAGGAGCGUGUCGAGGGCUUUCGAAAGAUUACUUUUCGUCUGCAAACAUGCAUUAAUGUUGCAUUCAAAACAUUUCCACAUAGCUCACACAAUGUCGCUGUUCCUUUACGACUACACAGCAGACGUCAUCACGAUUGGGAGGGCAACGCACCGCAUUUGUACCGCGUGGAGGCUUGGUAUGAAUUCCCCGGUGCAGAAGAGAAGGCUACCGAUUGUUUCUCACAUAAACAAUAGCUUUUAGAUGUAAAUAUAUUCGGCUUCAACGCAUUGCUACAAGUACUGUCAUAUUUUACCAUAUUUGGUUUGCAAUAAUGGCUUUAUCCAUUGCAACUGUCUGGACAAGGUGCGCCACGGUUCUCUUUGUAUUCAGCGGGAUGUGGGAAAUUGCUUUGCCCAUUACUCGCUACUCUAUUCCCGAGGAAAUGCAAGAGGGUUCCGUUGUUGCAAACCUGGCUACAGAUUUGGGACUUGACGUUCGCGCUCUGGUCACACGCAAGGCAAAGCUUGACAUCAUCCACACAAAAAAAUAUUUGGACAUUAACAAAGAAACGGGAGAGCUGUUCAUACUUGAAAAGAUAGACAGGGAAUACAUAUGCUCGAGCAAGACAACGUCUUGUUUUCUUAAAACGGAUGUCAUACUUGAAAAUCCCAUUCGUAUUUUUUACAUUGAACUUGAAAUCAUGGACAUAAAUGACAACGCACCUGUCUUUCGAAGGGAGACAAUGCAAUUGGAUAUUUCAGAAUCUACCGCUCCGGGAGAGAGAUUCUCUUUGACAAAUGCUGUGGAUGCAGAUGUCGGUGCGAAUUCUAUUAAGACUUACUAUUUGAGCGAAAGCAAAUAUUUUACAAUUGAAAUACAGACCGGAAGCGAUGGCUCUAAAUAUGUAGAUUUGGUUAUCAACCGUAAUUUAGACCGAGAGGAACAGGCGGUGCAUAAUUUAAUAUUAACCGCUGCAGAUGGUGGGGUUCCUGCGCGCUCAUCCACAGCCAGUAUCUUCCUUAGGGUUCUGGAUAUUAAUGACAAUGCCCCCUUUUUUAACCAGCCGAUAUAUGCUAUUAAUGUAACUGAAAACUCCCCAAUUGGAACUCUAGUAAUGAAGUUGAACGCAACAGACUUGGACGAGGGCACGAACGCAGAGAUUACAUAUUCAUACACGUUAUAUACAUCCGAGAAGACACAAGAAAAGUUCUAUCUAAAUUCAAAUACAGGGGAAAUAAAGGUGAAGGAUGUGAUUGAUUUUGAGGAGAGUCACAGUUUCGAUAUAUAUAUUCAAGCAAGAGACCAAGGAUCGAAUUCGUUAUCUGGAGAUUGUAAAGUAAUGGCGUUUAUUACCGAUCUGAAUGACAACUAUCCUGAGGUCACCAUUACAUCUUUUAAAAGCACGGUCAAUGAAGAUGUUGCCAUUGGAACAUUGAUAGCAGUAAUCAGUAUAAGCGAUAGGGACUCUGGGGACAACGGUGAAGUUGAACUCACUUUGAACCAACAAGCAUCCCUACCCUUCGUUCUCGAUAAGUCUUCGGAGGAUUACUUUGCUCUGCUUAUUUCAGAACCACUGGACCGUGAGACAAUUCCAAGAUAUGACAUCACUUUCAUAGUCACAGACAAAGGAACACCUCGCUUAUUUGACAAUGAGACAAUCACCUUGGAGAUACUGGACGUCAAUGAUAACGCACCAGUAUUCCCCCAGUCGUUCUACACAAUCCAUGUUGUGGAGAACAACAUCCCCGGCGCACUGUUGACGUCACUCAGUGCUUUUGACCCCGACCUCCACGAGAACCAGUAUCUGGUCUAUUUUAUCAUGGAGAAGGAGAUCAUCAACACGUCUAUGUCCAUGCUGUUCUCCAUUAAUCCAGAGAAUGGCAACCUUUAUGCUCUAAAGACCUUUGACUUUGAAAGGGAGAGGGAGUUUCUUUUCCACAUAGAGGCCAGAGACUCUGGGUUACCUCCACUCAGCAGCAAUGUGACAGUUCACGUCAUCAUUCUGGACCAGAAUGACAACACCCCGCUCAUAGUGUCGCCUUGGCGAGCACAGGGCUCGGUAAUUGAAGAGGUGAUCCCGAGGUCCGUUGAUAAAGGAUUCCUGAUUGUCAAAGUAAUCGCCAUUGACACAGACUCAUUACAGAACUCACGGGUCACAUAUCAGCUUCUACAGACCAGUGACUCUACUCUGUUCAGUCUAGAUCAGUACAACGGGGAGAUCCGGACCACAAGAAUGUUCAGCUACAGGGAUCCCCGUCAUCAGAGGCUGGUUGUUGUCGCCAAAGACAAUGGAGACCCUGCUCUUUCGGCCACAAUUACCAUCAAGAUAUCAACAGUAGAACACAUGGUGACGCCAUUCUCAGAAACUACUGAGGUGCCUUUAGAAUUUGACUUGUUCACAGACUUAAAUCUGUAUUUGGUCAUCGGUUUGGGUUCAGUGUCCUUCCUGCUGUUGAUCACCAUACUGGUGAUCAUUGUGCUGAAGUGUCAGAAACCGAAGCCCAUGAAGAUGCCUCCUGCUAUAAAUAUGAAUCUGAACAGUCUGAACAGGAACAGUGUGAUCAGCAGAAACAGUAUCAUCAGCCAGAGGAGCUCCACCAUCGCUGAUUCCACCCUCAUCUCCAGUGAUGCCUACUGGUAUAGCCUGUUUCUAGCAGAGACCAGGAAAGGCAAUGUGGUCGUCAGACAGCCGAUAGUACCCAAGGGAGCAGGAUACUUUGUGUCCAGUAUACCCAGAAGCACAGGUCCUACAGAGACCAGCGACUCAAGAGCAUCCACACUACAGGAUUCCAGGGCCAGCAGUGACCUGCCAUGAUGUCCUCAUUCUGGGGUAUUCAGCUGGAGAAUGUUCAAAGAUGUUAAGAGUGACACCAACACCCCUCUUCAAUCACUGGGAUCCAACAGUUACCUCUGGGGGCAGCUCCUCCAACCCUCUGCCCUCCUCGAACAGACCACACCUGUAGACUACCUUCAUCAUUUUCCAUCAAGCAUGAAUCUGCAUGGCUACAUCGACAGGUACUUGCAUUUAGAAAAUAUCCUAAAGAAGAAAGGAACGUAACAUGAUGUCUUUAUGCAAAGCACCCUCUGUUAACAUUGGAGCAGGCACACAAUAUCUUCCAAAAUCCUACCUUACCUCUCCAGGAAAAACAUGACACAAAAGGGAUAUUCUGUCGUGUCCUUGUGAGGGUACCUCAUUGUGAUAAUGUCAUAAUGUGUUAUUGGGGUAUGUGUGAGAGGUCACAAUCAGAGAGUCAAGAGAAGGAUGUUGCCAAUGCCUUCCAUAACCCCUUUAUCUGGUGAAAUAACAAUCUCAGUUCAUUUGUGAAUGUGUAGUGUGCACACUCUAGGUAAGAACUUUAGUUUAUUUUGAUUAGAAAUAAGACUUAACAUUUUUCAUCAUUUUUGCUUUCUAGAUCUUUUUUGGCUCCGGACAUCAGCCUAUAGUAUGGAAUUAUUCAUUUCCUGAUACAUGGUGUUGGAUGUGCAUGUUGAGUUGCUACUAUAAAAUAGAUCAAUACCUGAUACCUGUCAUCCAAUGAGCCAGGUAUGAGAGAAGUACCCCAUGUUGCUCCACUUCACAUUGCAGACAGAGUUUAUAUAUUCUCACAGUUCACAUAUUCAUGAGCACAUUUGACAGCGGCACUAUAUUUAGUAUAUUUUGAUGAUAGACAUUUCCUUCUCAGCAUAUCUAUAUAAAGCACAGACUAGAAUCCAUUUCUAGUGUGAGAUCAUGUCCAAGGAAAUACUCAGGACAGUGACACACCAGGAUUUAGCUCCUACCUGCCUAAACAGUGCAAUAUGACGGUCAACCUAGAAAACACUGUAUGUAGAAUAGCUGUAGCACUAAAGGGCUUCACUUUACAACAACUUAUCAUACCUCCAUCUGAGUUUUGUCAACGUACCUGUGCAGGCCUCUGCCCGGUUCUGAUUACUCUAACACUUUCUCUGCACUGUGAACAAGCCUCAGAGAAUCAGCUAAAGGCAAAAUCAACGUAAAACAGGAGGCUUACGGGAAGAACCCAUGUGUACUUUAAAUGAGAAAUGUUACUAUAUUCACUUAAGAAAUAUGACUUUUGAAAGUAUUUAUCAUUGUAUAUUCAAAAGGUAUUGUAUGUUUGGCAUGAUACAAUACUCUGGACAUGAUUUUAAACUUUACAAUGUUUUUAUGAAUUUGUAUGUUUUUUAAUAUAUUUUUUAUAUUUUGACCUAACAGUUCUUAAUGCUACUUUUUGUGACUUAUUCAAGUGCAUUGUGUAGUCUACUGUAUUAUAUUUGUAGUGCAACAAUACAGCAUUCAGUUAUUUUAUCUGAUACAGUGUACAGACAGACAAUCUCAAUUAUUUUAUGACAUUUGAAUGGAGUACUCCACUCACUGCUUAAGCAUUUCACCAAAAUGUUAUUUUCAGAGUAUCAAAGUGUUCACAGACAUAGAUGAGCUUUUCUCCCAGAAAGACCAUGACGUGCAAAGAUUUAAUGCAAGGCGUUAGGUCUUAGAAAUGAGAAACUAGAACAUACAGCAGUGUGUCCAUGUGACAAUAUGGAGGGAAAGGCCAAAAUAAGGAGAGCGAGAUAAGUAGAGAGAAACUGUGAAGACGAGCGUGGGACAGACAGACUAUGCUACUAAUACUAUUCUAUUCCUUUGAUGUUAGUGCAUGUCUUUAUAGGCCGAACACUCACAAUCCAUCCAAUCUCAUUUGAAAUGCAAUACUGUACUUAAAUCCUACUACACUGCUCAAAACAAUAAAGGGAACACUAAAAUAACACAUCCUAGAUCUGAAUGAAUUAAAUAUUCUUAUUAAAUACUUUUUCUUUACAUAGUUGAAUGUGCUGACAACAAAAUCACACAAAAAUUAUCAAUGUAAAUCAUAUUUAUCAACCCAUGGAGGUCUGGAUUUGUAGUCACACUCAAAAUUAAAGUGGAAAACGACAGUACAGGCUGAUCCAACUUUGAUGUAAUGUCCUUAAAACAAGUCAAAAUGAGGCUCAGUAGUGUGUGUGGCCUCCACGUGCCUGUAUGACCUCCCUACAACGCCUGGGCAUGCUCCACAUGAGGUCUAGCAUUGUCUUGCAUUAGGACGAACCCAGGGCCAACCGCACUAGCAUAUGGUCUCACAAGGGGUCUGAGGAUCUCAUCUCGGUACCUAAUGGCAGUCAGGCUACCUCUGGCGAGCACAUGGAGGGCUGUGCGACCCCCCCCCCCCCCCAAAGAAAUGCCACCCCCCAUGACUGACCCACCGCCAAACCGGUCAUGCUGGAGGAUGUUGCAGGCAGCAGAACGUUCUCCACGGCGUCUCCAGACUGUCACGUCUGUCACAUGUGCUCAGUGUGAACCUGCUUUCAUCUGUGAAGAGCACAGGGCGCCAGUGGCGAAUUUGCCAAUCUUGGUGUUCUCUGGCAAAUGCCAAACGUCCUGCACGGUGUUGGGCUGUAAGCACAACCCCCACCUGUGGAUGUCGGGCCCUCAUACCAUCCUCAUGGAGUCUGUUUCUGACCGUUUGAGCAGACACAUGCACAUUUGUGGCCUGCUGGAGGUCAUUUUGCAGGUCUCUGGCAGUGCUCCUCCUGCUCCUUCUUGCACAAAGGCGGAGGUAGCGGUCCUGCUGCUGGGUUGUUGCCCUCCUACGGCCUCCUGCACGUCUCCUGAUGUACUGGCCUGUCUCCUGGUAGCGCCUCCAUGCUCUGGACACUACGCUGACAGACACAGCAAACCUUCUUGCCACAGCUCGCAUUGAUGUGCCAUCCUGGAUGAGCUGCACUACCUGAGCCACUUGUGUGGGUUUUAGUCUCCGUCUCAUGCUACCACUAGAGUGAAAGCACCGCCAGCAUUCAAAAGUGACCAAAACAUCAGCCAGGAAGCAUAGGAACUGAGAAGUGGUCUGUGGUCACCACCUGCAGAACCACUCCUUUAUUGGAGGUGUCUUGUUAAUUGCCUAUAAUUUCCACCUGUUGUCUAUUCCAUUUGCACAACAGCAUGUGAAAUUGAUUGUCAAUCAGUGUUGCUUCCUAAGUGGACAGUUUGAUUUCACAGAAGUGUGAUUGACUUGGAGUUUCAAUGUGUUGUUUAAGUGUUGCCUUUAUUUUUUUGAGCAGUGUAUAUAUAUCUCCAUCAUAUAGGUUGCAUGGGAACACACUAAGUUCGUCCUAUACACAGUUAUUUGCACUGAAUCCAUAACCUGGUUGCACUACUCAUCUACCACAAACUGCAGUGCAGCUGUAGUUCUCAUCAAUGUUCCAGUUCUCUCUUGAUCUCUUUCCCCUUGUUAAAGCUCUCUGUGAGGUCACUGUGUGGGGGAGGUGCUACACUAAUUAUGGUACACAUGAGGGCUCUGCCUACUCUGCCCGUAGGGAGGGAAAACUGCCUGAGCAUUGUGUAAAGACGCCUUUAGUCGGGUUACAGAAAAUAUCCAACUGAAUUCAGACGUCAUGUGCUCUUUAUGGGUGUCAUGCGUUACCCCAGUACAUGUGACAUGAGGACAAUGAGAUAAUGGUGCUUAAUCCAGAUUCAAGUCAUGAUUAUUACCAGGGAUAAAAUGUCAUCUGGAUGAACUUAGAUCCCAGCAGUUUUGAGAGAACAUCCUAAGCAGCCAGUGGCUGUGUGAUGUGACCUGAGACCUCAAGCUCUACUUUGACAGAACAGAUGUUCUGUGGAAACCAACGGAGGAGUUUAAAACCUGUAUCUACUUUGUACUUUGUGUUUAAAAAAAAAGAUACAAUAUACUUUUUAUAUCUGCUGUAAUCUCUGAACUUGUCUUGAUAGCACAGGAGUGUGUUUGUGUUGCUUGCUUCAGUAUCAUGCAGAUGUGUCUGUCUCCGUUGUGCGGCUACACUGCUUAUUCCUGCAUUUUGAUUCUACAUUUCAAUUCUACAGUCUACUGUAUCUGCCCGCCUUUCUGCAGGACUUCCUGUGUUCUAGGUGGGUGGGGGGUGUGGACACAACCCACAACGCUGAUUGGUAGAUGAGAGAGUGUGUGGGAGAGACAGUUUGGAUGUUGUUUCUGUUGUUUAUUGUCCCGCUUGUAGAUGCGUAUGUGAAUAAAGCUUUUAGAGCA